CUACCGCUGCUACCCCGCGACAGUCAGGCCACAGCGGAUGAGCAGCUGGAGGCGCUGGAGGCGCUGAGGAAGCAGAGGCUGGCCGAGCUGCAGGUGAAGCACGGGGAUCCUAACGAUGCAGCACAACAAAAAGCAAAGCACAGAGAAGCAGAAAUGAGAAACAGUGUCUUAGCCCAAGUUCUGGAUCAAUCAGCCGGGGCCAGGUUAAGUAACUCAGCACUCCUAAAGCCUGAAAGAAUGAAAGCAGUAGAGAAUUACCUUAUACAGAUGGCACAGUAUGGACAGCUAAGUGGGAAGGUUUAAUAGAAAUUCCUUGAAAAGUAAGCCGGUAAACAAAAGAAAACAGUUAAAUUCAGCAGAAGAAAAAUAGACUCUGAUGAAGAUGAUUACUGAACUAAAAAUAUUUAGAGACUGACAAUAGAACAGUUCUAGGACAGAAAUUAAAAUCUGUUUAAAUGUUUACUUUGUUUUGUCUAUAUGCCUUUAAAGAAAUAUACAGGGGCUGGAGAUUUGGCUCAGUGGUGCCCACG